AUGUAUCGAAGCGUCAACUUUCCAUAUGCAGCUCCUCGUGAACCAGGGUACCGGGAACCUCUGCUCCCCUUUGUCUCAGAAAAGCUUAAAGUUGGAAGCCCCAGUCGUUCCUGGGGCGACUUCGAACAUCCAAAGCUCCGGCAGUGUCCGAUAUCUGUUGAUGAUAUCGAACUUGGAGCAGUAACACACCCAGGUUAUGAUGCUGCUACGCUUACUCAGUUCACAUUCAACACGGACUGUCUAGAAUCUGACUACAUCGAAGAAAGUGGCGACUUAGAAAGCCUCUUAGGCUAUCGGAGGAUGAAACAGGAAUUUCUGAACUGCGCCUUAAUGGACAUGAUCAACGACGCUUUCACGACUGCAGCCUCAAAAAAAGAACAAAUAGUUCUUAACCACGAUCCAAGUACAGAUAUUGAGGUUCAAGCGAAUUUGCAGGCUCUGUCAACAACUGAACUGGGUGACACUCCUCCUAGGCCCGAUACCGAACAUCUGAAGCCUUACAUAUUCAAAGAACCAUUCCGCGACUGUCUUGGUUGGAUCAAACUAGAAGGGACAGCUCUGAAUUGGCUGUAUCAUAAAAAUUGGAUGAAGAACGAUGAGUAUGUGGCACAUCCCCAGCUCACGUACGUAUGGGAACCGCUUCCGUUUCUCGACAUUGGAAAAUCGUACUAUGCUAUUGUUUACGAUUACGAGAGCAACAGGCAACGAGUGUUUGUUCAACCGAGACCGGAGGACAUUUUGGACAAAGUCAAGAACUAUCAUGUCUUUGGAUUCAUUCUGGAGCGCUACGUUGCUCCUCAAUGGUGCGAAAGACUGUUACAGACCAGGAAUAUCGUUCCAUUCCUGGGAGCUGAAGAAGACGGGUGGUGGAAGCCAGAAGUAUUCCAUGGUAACCUUGAAAAGAUUAGCCAAUUGAUACGAGAUGAUAUUGAAAAGGACCAGGCUGCUGAAGAUGAAGAGGCAGUAGCUGAAGACCCUGGCGGACGUUCGUUGCCUAGACGAGCGAAUAAAAAGUUCAAAGCGAAAGGCAAGGGGAAAGGAAGCAAGGAGGGAAGAGGGAUAGCCGAAUACGAUUAG